UUGUUUCAUUUCCAGGUCUCUUUGGCGAUUUUUCUGUGUUAAAUAUCAAUCAAUGGAUUAUACAAGAGACCCAUGUCCAUGGCGCAUCUUGGAUGAUUGCGGAGGUGCCUUCUCACUCGGAUUCGUUGGCGGAGGAUUAUUUUCUAUGGUUGGGGGGGCUCGAAAUGCACCACAGGGAUUUACAAACAGACUUAUCGGUGCAAUGACAAAUGCCCGAAUUAAAGCACCACGAACUGCAGGAGGGUUUGCAGUUUGGGGACUCACAUUUUCACUAUGUGACUGUUCAUUAGUUGCUCUUCGUAAAAAGGAAGAUCCUUGGAACUCUAUCAUAAGUGGUGCUGGGACUGGUUUUAUAUUAGCCAUCAGGCAGGGUAUGGGGCCGGCAGUUGGAUCCGCAGCUAUCGGUGGUGUCUUACUUGCACUUAUUGAAGGUGUAGGAAUCGCUCUCAACAGAUUUCAAGCAGACAUGUACAAACCUACUGCUCCACAAUUAGAAGAUCCUGCCGCAUUACCAGAUCUACAGUAUAGCAAAUGACAAAUUAAGAUCAAUCCAAUUUUUAUUCUUGACCAUACCAUUGUUUUUUUUCUGAGUCCUUAUUUAUAAAUAUUUCAAGAUGUCGCCUUUACUUGGGUGAAUACUUAGUAAAGUUAUUUUAAAUUCCAUGCUGUUGAAAACUUGUUUGUAUUAAAAGCAAAUUCAUUAUUCCGA